AAGAUAUAUACAAAGUAGAGUAUUUAACACUAGCUACUAUCACUGGCUUGCUUGAUAGGGUUUGUGCUAUUAUUUUUUUGUUAAUGGAUGAGUUAUGGACAACACCAUCAAACAUUGCAUUAGUUGCUACAUUUCUUGAUAUAAGAUUUAAACAUUUUAAUUGGGCAACACAUAAUAAAUGA